AUGGUUUCUCUCCACCCCCUCCUCGACAACGGCAUCACCAAGGGCGACCCCAACUUCGCGGGCGGAAAGCUGUACUGCAAGUGCGCGAGCUCGCCCGUCGAGGUAACGCUCUCGUCCAACGUGGCGCACAACCACGCGUGCGGGUGCUCCAAGUGCUGGAAGCCUUCCGGCGCGCUCUUCUCCAUCGUCGGCGUCGUGCCGCGCGACGCCCUCGCCGUCACCGCCAACGAGUCGAAGCUGAAGAUCGUGGACCCGAGCGCCGCCAUCCAGCGCCACGCCUGCAGCGAGUGCGGCACGCACCUCUACGGCCGCAUCGAGGUCGAGCACCCCUUCAAGGGCCUCGACUUCGUGCACGCCGAGCUGAGCCCCGAGAAGGGCUGGCAGGAGCCGCAGUUCGCGGCUUUCGUGUCGAGCAUCAUCGAGCAGGGCUUCGACCCGGCUAAGAUUGGCGAGGUCAGGGCGAAGCUGAACAGCGUCGGCCUCGAGACGUACGACUGCCUAUCGCCGCCGCUGAUGGACCUCAUCGCCACUUACACGGCCAAGAAGAACGGCGCCCUUAAAUAA